CAGCACACUCCAUUCACCUCCUUUGCUUUGUUUUUCACUCUUUAUUCUAGGGACUCAUUUACUGUAGCAGGUUCUCCAUUUAAAGGGCCAGUGCCUGUUUUUUUCAGCCCUAUACUAGAAUUCACAAAUCAAGUAUCUGAAACAGUGUGUCUUAAAACUCCAAGUAGUGUUAAAUAAACACCUGUAAUUUGUUUUACUGUGUGUGAAAAACAGAAGCUUCUAGCUGAAUGAUGUAGAAAGAAACCAGCACUCUAUAGUGUAAGCACAAGCAGUAUACAGGGGACCCAUUUGGCACAAAAGAGGAAAACACAAUUACAUGUUUUUAACAAAAGAAACGCAUGCUCAUAAAACGUAUAAUAUAUUAUUACAAUAUGUAGUGACUAAAUGUAGUGUAUCCAAGAGGGAUGUCAGUUAUGAUGAUGCCUGACUGAGACAGGCUGAACUUUCCUUAUUGCACAGAGCCAGUAGGCUGUGAUGUCACAAAAAUUUGAAUGUGGUCUGUUUUGCUGUUAGACAAAGAAUAAUGGGAAACAUAUUCUAUCUAUCUAUCUAUCUAUCUAUCUAUCUAUCUAUCUAUCUAUCUAUCUAUCUAUCUAUCUAUCUAUCUAUCUAUCUAUCUAUCUAUUAUAUUUUGUAAAACUGUCAAAAAGCUGUUUUCAGGAUAGUAACUGUCCUGAAAGCACAUCCUGUACUGAAAAGUAUCAAAAAUUAGAAACUCCCUUUGGGACUAUUUGAUUACAAGUGAGGUAUGGCCCCCAGUGAAUCAUGAAAAAUCAUGAAUAACGUAAAGACUGGUAAUAGAGCUAUUGAAGUUAGAUAUUAAAGUUAUUAUGAGUCUUGGUAGUCCUGAAACAUCUAAUACAAAACAAUUAUAAAACACAGCUUAUAUAAAUUACAAGAGAAUACUUCUUAUUCUUGAACAAACCACGUAGUUUGAGCAAUAGGAAGCAGUACAUACUGCAGUGCAGAGAGAAGCGUUUGCGUGUUUGGGGUUUCAUGCUUCAGUUAUUAGCAAUCAAAACCAACAUCAACACAAAUAAUUAUCUGUGACUAUUGUUGUUGGAGAUUAAUUCAGCAUGAAAGACUCCAAACAGAAUCUCUUUCUCAGCACUAAAAUGAACUGUGACCCCAGUACAAGAGAACAUAAGGACAUACAGCAACAGCUCUUACACACAGUGGUGGUGGUUAUCUCAGCUCGGGUUUUGACCACGAUCAGCCCAGCUGACCAACCCAUCCUUUCUCCACGCCACUACCAGCACACAGACCUUGACUCAGGCACCCAACUGGUCUGUGACAAGUGCCCAGCUGGAACCUAUGUGUCCAGCCAUUGCUCCCCCAUGGCUGUGAGGGAGUGCAGCCCCUGCCCGGAAGGCACAUUCACACGGGGUGAGAAUGGGGUCCACCAAUGCCAUCGCUGUAGGGAUCCAUGUCCUGUGGGUCUCAUUGAGAAAGCGCCCUGCACAGCCACCCAGGACCGCAUCUGCACUUGUCCACUUAAUAGUUUCUUUUUAGGGGAAGAUGUCACAGGGUGUAAACCGCACUUGUUGUGCCCUCCUGGGACAAGGGUGAAGAAGAGGGGUACUGCAACAGAAGAUGUGAUUUGUAAACUCUGCCCUAGGGGGACUUUUUCAAUUGGGGGAACAAGUGCACUAAAGUGCCAAACUCACACAAACUGUGAAGCACAGGGGCUUGUGCUGCUCACACCAGGAACAAGAGAGACAGAUAAUGUCUGUGCGCACCCUCAUCCAGCCACAUCCUCCUCUUUAUCGUUGUCUGUCUCUACAAGUGCUCCAGUGGGACCUGCCCUGGAGGCUGUACAGGAACCCCUAAUGUCUUCAUCUUCUCGAUUAACAUCGCUAACUGAACUUUCAAGUAAAGACCACUAUAGCCAAUCAGCCGCCUUUCAGCGAAAAGAAAACCAAGGUGAGGAUGAUCACAAUGCAGAGAGGCUACACUUUGACUGGCCUGAUUCUUCAACCCCAAGGAACCGUGAUUCUCAAAGGACUUCACUGUCUCCAGAUCAAAAGGACCAAACAAAAAGCAAGCAACAGCAAGGCCAUCCUAAUUCUGACUCUGUGCCGGAAUCCAGCAAAUUGACAAUUGAAGAUCUCCAAGGUACCGAAAUAUUCAGGAGUGGGCCACAUAUCAGCAAAGUAGCUGGGCAAGGAAGCACAGCUGUUGUCCCCAGUUUCUACAGGCCAACUCGCAGGGGUUCUCCCAGGCCGAGCAGCCAUAAUCGCUUUGACAUCAAUGAGCAUCUUCCUUGGAUGAUUGUGCUGCUGCUCCUACUAGUGCUUGUGGUUAUAGUGGUGUGCAGCGUAAAGCGAAGCUCUCGUGUGCUGAAAAAGGGUCCUAUGCAGGACCCCAGCAGCAUUAUGGGGAAGGCCAUUCAGAAGAAACCGUCUGGGUCUUUAAUGCAGAUCAAAGAAAAAUGGAUCUACUACUCCAAUGGACAGGGAGUGGAUAUCUUAAAGUUGGUCGCAGCGCAUGUGGGCACCCAGUGGAUUGACAUCUACCAGUCUCUGGCUAAUGCUACGGAGCGCGAGGUUGCAGCAUUCUCCAACGGCUACUCAUCAGAUUGCGAACGAGCAUAUGCAGCUCUGCAGCACUGGACCAUCCGGGAUAGUGACGCCAACCUGGCCAAGCUGAUCAAUGCCCUCCACCGACACCGUCGCAUCGAUGUAGUGGAGAAGAUCCGCUUAGUCAUGGAGGACAACCCACAGUUUGACAUUAACCAGAUGAUGACCUCAGUGAAUGUUAGCCAAAGCCUCAGUCCCAUCCACAAGUUGAUGGAGUCCCACAGCAGCAGCAGCAGCGGCAGCAACUGUGGUAGCCUGGGUGGGGCAAGCGGUGCGGGUGUGGACCAGUCGCCGAUGGACCGCAGCAAAGGUUUCUUUCCCGAUGAAUCAGAGCCUCUCCUGCGCUGUGACUCCACCUCCAGCAAAGACUCUGCCCUAAGCAGGAAUGGCUCCUUUAUUACCAAAGAGAGGAAAGACACUGUCCUCCGGCAGGUGCGUCUGGACCCUUGUGACUUGCAGCCCGUCUUCGAUGAUAUGCUGCACAUCCUGAAUCCAGAGGAGCUUCGUGUUAUAGAGGAAAUCCCGGCCGCUGAGGACAAGUUGGAUCAGCUUUUUGAGAUUGCAGGAGUUAAGAGCCAGGAGGCCAGCCAAACCCUCCUAGAUUCAGUCUACAGCCAUCUUCCUGACUUAUUAUAAACCAGGAAUAAGGAAGAAACAACACUGACAGGAACAUUAAUCAACAAGAAUGUGUACUGUCGAAAGCAUGAGUCUGAUCUGUAGUUGUUCACAUUCAUCUUGGGCUAAAAUUUAAUCUGACCUCACCCACAUUACUUUGUCAGCUGGGUAUUGUCUUCUCAGUGACAUUUAAUUCUCAGUAUUUCACCUCACUUUACCCCAGUCGUCUUGUUCCUGUGUUGUUAUCUUUGUUAACACUCCAAAGCACUAUAAUACAGGGUCAGUGAUCAGUAUAAAAAAGGGCUUUUGGCCUCUUUUAAGGUGAUGUAACCUAAGCAGCGAGGUUAACUUAAUCUCCAAACAUGUCUCUCAAAACUGUUCAAUACCUUCACAUGUUAUUGUUGGCUUUGCCACUGAGUCAGGCUUCUCUUGCCUUUAGCAUGAUUUUUCCUUUGAAACAAGAAAUUAAAAAACAUCAGUUAUUGCUCAAACAUCAACAGAAAGGAAAGGCACACAGUUAAUGUGUUAAUAAGCUAAAAAUGGACCUGGCCUUACCAUUUAGCGUACUGUAGCUUGUCUCUGCGAAUCGUGCCUAAACUUACUAAAAGUCCCUUUCCACACCUUGUGAGCUUUGAAUUCCAUUUCCACUUCCAUUUCCAUUGCCUGUACUGAACCUGGAGUAGUGGGAAUUUAAUAUAUUAGCUUACAACCACUCAGACAGACCAGCACAUUUGAGGGUUGACCUCCUGCUGUGAAACCAAAGCCAUGUGUCCAAAAUAUUGGAUGUCAAAAAACUUGAGUAAUAUUUCUUCUGAUAUUAUGAUGUAUGGUUUUAUUGUGAAUGAUUUGUUUUUGGACUAAAAGCUCCAAAUCAAACAUUUGAAAGCGCAGGGUGGUCAACAAGAAAGACUACACAUGCUCAGAUCUUUGCUAGUUAGCGCCUAUCAACUCAACCAGUGUAGCAUUGAUAAAGUGUUCUUGAUAGAUUUUGGAGCUUCAUGUUGGAGCAUCAUGUUUCGCUUGUGUUUUAGAUCAGUUGAAGAUGUAAAGGCAUUUCAUAAUAAUAGUGAUUUUACUUGUACCGCGUUGCUACAUGUUUUAUGCAGCUAAUAUGGAAAUAUAAUAGUAAAGCACUUAGUCUCUUUUCUGUCAGAUAGGGAGGCAUAGACAUUUGUCUCUUGUUUAUUUUUCUUUAAUUCCAAAAUGCUGUAAACUAACAUUUGAUAUUGUAGUAAUGUUUUCUACAUUUAUGUUACUAAAGCAUUUCCUCCUAUUUACAUAUUUUUCAAGGGCAUUGAAUUAUAUAUCCCUGGCCGCAUUAUUAUGUACCCUGGCUGGGAUGUGACAUAUGCAUACUCUACAUGAAAUCUGUCUGGUUGUAUUCAUUUCGACUUUGAAAAAGAAAUAAUCUGCUGCCUCAGUUGCGUUCACAUUGUUAAAAAGGGAAGAAAACUGAAAAUGAAAUGCACCACCAAAAAGCUCAACAUUCAGCGAUGAUAUCAUCGGUGCCAUGUGAGCAGCAGAUAAUGGGGAUUCUUCACCAAGUCCAUUGCCAUUAAAGCUACCAUGGUGCUAGGUGGGAACACAUACCAGUAAGCCUGACUAAAUGGGUCUUAACCCUGGACCAGUGACUAUUAAAAGUAUUCCAGACUGAGUGAAGACAAGUAAAGGAUGUGCUGCUGUGGACUGUGAGACUGAUGUUGGUGACCAUGUAUGAGCUUGUGCUCCACUGUUUUGUGCUGUUUUGCUAUCUUUUUUUGAUAUAUGAGGAGAGUCGUUUUGCAAAAGGAUGAAGGUGUAAUGGGUGCUCGAGUGGAUGAGUUUGUCAAUGUUCAUAUGUGUAAUCAGUAUGUUUACUGCAAUGUAACCUUUUAAACUCAUAAUUAAAGCUCAAAACAUUUGUCAUAAAACUGA